AUGAAGAGUGACAAGUCAGAGGAUCGACCUAUAGACUUCAAACGUGAUGAGGGCAAAGAUGGAUCAAGCUCACUCCAUCAUGACAGGCCUCCAUCACCUGUGCCCACUUGUGUGUCCAUGAAGAGUGAUAAGUCAGAGGAUCGACCUAUAGACUUCAAACGUGAUGAGGGCACAGAUGGAUCAAGGCCUCCGUCACCUGUGCCCACUUGUGUGUCUAUGAAGAGUGACGAGUCAGAGGAUCGCAUGAUAGACUUCCAAGAUGAUGAUGUCACAGAUGGAUCAAGUGGUCAAAUGGAAGAAUCCAAACUAGAUGCUUUCAGUGACCAGUGUACCCAGAAGAAACUCCAGCACAUAUUCCAGGUGCUUGAGGAGAAGAUCAUCACCUUUGUGAAGAAUGAGCUGAAGAGAUUUGAGAAGAUUCUGAGUCCAGAUUACCAAGAACACUUUGAGGGUAAAGAGCAGGAUGAGAGUGAUGCCAGAGAAGGGGCUCUCAAGAUGGCACUGCACUUCCUGAGGAACAUGAAGCAGAAUAAUAUCGCUGACAAACUCCAAGAGAUUGAACUCUGUGUAGUGUGGCAGACUGAGCUGAAGAGAAAUUUCAAGAACAAGUACAAGCGUGUGUUUGAAGGAAUGCCCAAACAAGGCAACUCUGCUCUCCUAGACAAGAUCUACACAGAGGUCUACAUCACAGAGGGAGGAAGUGGGAAAGUAAAUGAGGAGCAUGAAGUCAGGCAGAUUGAGUCCAUAUCCAAGAGACCAGCUGGACUGGAGACACCAAUCAAAUGCACAGACAUCUUUAAGCCCUUACCUGGCCAAGACAAACUAAUCAGAAGUGUCAUAACGAAGGGAAUAGCUGGCAUUGGCAAAACGGUCUCAGUUCAGAAGUACAUCCUGGACUGGGCUGAGGGCACCGAAAACCAAGAUAUCCACUUCAUAUUUCCACUGCCUUUUAGGGAGCUCAACCGCAUGGAAGACAAACAGCUCUCUUUGAUGGAUCUUCUUCAACACUUUUUCUCAGAAAUUAAGCAGUUAACUUUUCCCAGCCAGGGGAAGUACAAAGUGUUGUUCAUCUUUGAUGGUCUGGACGAGUGCCGACUGCAACUAGACUUUCAGAAAAAUGAAAUUUUGACUGACGUGACAAAGGUCACUUCAUUAAAUGUUCUGCUGACAAAUCUCAUCAAGGGUGAUUUGCUUUACUCUGCUCUCCUUUGGAUCACCUCUCGACCGGCAGCGGCCAAUCAAAUCCCUCCCGAGUGUGUCGACCGGAUCACAGAAGUACAAGGUUUUAGCGACGCUCAGAAGGAGGAGUACUUCAGGAAGAGGAUCAGGGAUCAGACUCUUGCCAGCAAAGUUAUCACUCACAUAGAAUCAUCAAGAAGCCUCCACAUUAUGUGCCACAUACCAGUGUUUUGCUGGAUUGCUGCUAAUGUUUUUGAAUUACUUCUCAAUACUAAAGGAAGUCAGCAAGUUCCAAAGACUUUGACAGAGAUGUACACGUAUUUCCUUGUUUUCCAAACCAAGCAAAGGAGUGUGAAAUUUGAUGGAGUUUUUGACACAGAUCCAAAGUGGAACCAAGCUAGUCUCCUUGCUCUUGGAAAGUUGGCCUAUGAGCAGCUGAAAAAGGGCAACCUGAUAUUUUAUGAAGACGACUUGAGAGAGAGUGGUAUUGAUGUCAGAGAGGCAGCAGUACACUGUGGCAUCUGCACCCAGAUCUUUCAGGAAGAGUCAGGCCUUCAUCAGGAAAAGUUGUACUGCUUUGUGCAUCUGAGCAUCCAGGAGUACCUUGCAGCUUUGUAUUUGAUCCUAAUGUUAGUAACUGAGGGGAAAGAUCUCAUGUCCCCACAGCAACCCCCCAGAACAGGGUUUCAGCUUCUGAAAUGGCAAACAGCAGGCAAUCCCAUGACCACCUUACAGAAGAGUGCUGUGGACAAAGCAUUGGAACAUGAAGAUGGGCGCUUUGAUCUGUUCCUCCGUUUCCUUCUUGGCUUCUCUCUGGAAUCCAACCAGAGACUCUUGAGAGGCCUAAUAAAGGAAGUACAACCUGAAAGCAAAGAGGAAAUAGGCAGCUACAUUAAGAUAAAGAUCAGGGAGAUGCCAUCAUCAGAAAGAGUUGUCAACCUCUUCCACUGUCUGAAUGAAGUCAAUGAUCACUCCUUAGUGCAGGAGGUCCAGAGCUUCCUGAGUGCAGGGACACUUUCUGCAGCCAAACUCUCAUCCACACAGUGGUCAGCUCUUGUGUUUGUGCUUCUGACAUCAGAAGAAAAGCUUGAUGUGUUUGACUUGAAGAAGUACAACAGGUCUGAUGAAUGUCUUCUAAGGCUGCAGCCAGUAGUGGAGGAAUCCCAAAAGGCUCUGCUCAACAGUUGUGGGCUCACUGAGAGGAGCUGUGCAGGUCUUGCAUCUGUCCUCACCAAAGCAUCUUCAAAGCUGAAACAUUUGGACCUCAGUGCCAACAGUUUUGGAGAUAUUGGGGUCCGAGAAUUGUGUUCUGGACUGGGUAACUGUGCACUGGAGACACUCAGCCUGGAUAACUGCCGUAUUGGAGAGGAAGGCUUCAGAGCUCUUGCAUCAGCACUGAGAUCAAACCCCUCACACAUGAGAGAGCUGCAGCUGAGUGGGAAUAAAGCAGGAGACUCAGGAGUGAAGCAUCUUUCCUCUCUUCUGGAGGAUCCCAACUGUAAACUGGAGAAACUACGCCUGGUUAACUGCAGUAUUGAAGAGGAAGGCUUCAGAGCUCUUGCAUCAGCACUGAGAUCAAACCCCUCACACAUGAGAGAGCUGCAGCUGAGUAGGAAUUGGGAAGCAGGAGACUCAGGAGUGAAGCAUCUUUCUUCUCUUCUGGAGGAUCCCAACUGUAAACUGGAGAAACUACACCUGGAUAACUGCAGUAUUGAAGAGGAAGGCUUCAGAGCUCUUGCAUCAGCACUGAGAUCAAACCCCUCACACAUGAGAGAGCUGCAGCUGAGUAGGAAUGAAGCAGGAGACUCAGGAGUGAAGCAUCUUUCUUCUCUUCUGGAGGAUCCCAACUGUAAACUAGAAUAUCUACACCUGGAUCACUGCAGUAUUGGAGAGGAAGGCUUCAGAGCUCUUGCAUCAGCACUGAGAUCAAACCCCUCACACAUGAGAGAGCUGCAGCUGUGGGGGAACAAAGUAGGAGACUCAGGAGUGAAGCAUCUUUCAUCUCUUCUGGAGGAUCCCAACUGUAAACUGGAGAAACUAGACCUGAGGUACUGCAGUAUUGGAGAGGAAGGCUUCAGAGCUCUUGCAUCAGCACUGAGAUCAAACCCCUCACACAUGAGAGAGCUGCAGCUGAGUAGUAAUAAUGAAGCAGGAGACUCAGGAAUGAAGCAUCUUUCUUCUCUUCUGGAGGAUCCCAACUGUAAACUGGAGAAACUACACCUGCCUGACUGCAGUAUAACAGAUGAAGGUUUCAGAGCUUUAGCAUCAGCACUGAGAUCAAACCCAUCAGCCCUCAGAGAGCUCGAUCUGAGAGGGAAUUAUCCUGGACCCUCAACACAGCAGCUGCUCUCUGAACUGAAGAAACAUCCAAACUGUAAACAUCUACAGAUAACUGGACCCUAAUGAAUUCAUCCCAUUGUGUUCCACCUGAAUCAUGUUUUUACACUGUGCAUAAAUAAGUGUUGCAGCACAUUCAUAUUUGAACUAACAUGUUAUAAAAUCACUUAUGUAAAUGCAACAAUUGUAAGUAAUAUUGUAUAAAGGAUGUUUUGUAUAUAUAAAAACAUGGUAACACUUUAAAGGGAUAGUUCGUGUUUUAAGACACAAAGUUAUAUGGGUUCCCUGUCAGCAACGUUGUGCAUCAGCACUGACUUACCCCCCGACAGCGUCCUGUGAGCUGAGAUCCAGCCGGUUUUUGAUCGUUUUUGAUGCCGGACUAUUUUCUUCAGUAAGUUUCUGGGGUCACGAAAUUAAAGUGUUUUUCUUCUCAAAACCAUAUGCGUUCAACAGAGUGAUAUAUUUGCACCACAAAAACGUAGUCCAGCUGUCAGUA